AUGUCGAGCAUGCGCAAGGCCGUAGACGGCGCCACCAAGCCAAAGCGCGCCGCCCCAAAGGCCAAGUACAUCGACCCGCUCGUGCAAGCCACGUUUCAGCAAGAUGGCCAGCUGCAAGAAGUCGUGCGCACCCUCGCGAGCCGCAUGCGGGACCCCAACACGACGGUCGUCUUCAAGUCGCUCAUCGUCCUGCACACCCUCAUGCGCUCGGGCUCGAUCGACAGCGUGUUCCCGUACCUCGCGUCGUCGUCCGUCUCGCUGUCGCUCUCGUCGAGCGAGGCGGCCAACGUCGCCGCGUACGGCCAGUACCUCGCCGUGCGCAUCAAGGCGUUCGGCACCCUCAAGCGCGACGCGAUCCGCGACAAGAGCGACCGCCGCAACGCGGCGCGCAUGCGCAAGCUCUCGGUCGAGCAGGGCCUCUUGCGCGAGACGCGCGAGGUGCAGCGCAUGAUUGCGGCCCUCGUCGAGGCCAAGUUUUACGCCGACAGCGACGUCGACGACGACGUGUCGAUGACGGCCCUGCGCCUCCUCGUAAAAGACCUCCUUGUCCUGUUCACCGUCGUCAACGAGGGCGUCAUCAACCUGCUCGAGAACUUUUUCGCCCUGUCCAAGCCCGACUGCGACAUGGCGCUCAAGAUCUACAAGACGUUCUGCCGCGACACGGAGCGCGUCGUCGCCUACCUCGGCACGGCCAAGAAGCUAUACAACGUGCUCAACAUCCCGAUCCCCAACCUCAAGCACGCGCCGCUGUCGCUCGCCAACUCGCUCGAGGAGUACGUCCGCGACCCCAACUUUGAGCGCAACCGCGAGGAGUACAAGGAGGUCAAGCGCAUCGCCGACGGCGGCGCCCCUCGCAGCACCCCACCCCGCUCCUCCUCGCCCGCUCGCCCGGCCUCCUCCUCCGCCGCACCCGCCACGUCGACCUCGACCUCGACCUCGACCUCGCCCUCUGCACCCGCCGCCGCCGCCGCCGCACCGCCCAAAUCCUUCACCGACUUUUUCGACUCGAUCGAGACCGCCCAGACGCCCAUGUUUGCCGGCGGCGCCUCGCCCAUGCCGCCGCACAUGGGCAUGUUCCCGCAGGCGACCGGCGGCUUCAACCCGUUCAUCGCGCCCCAGCCGACGGGCAUGCCCACGACGAUGAUGAUGGGCUCGUCGCCGUUCGGCAUGGUCCAGCCCCAGAUGACGGGCUUCAACCCGUUCCUGCAGCUGCAGCCCCAGCAGACGGGCUACGCGCCCACGGGCUUCGGCGGCGUCGGCGGCGGCUUCGGCGGCGGGUUCGGCGGCACGCAGGGGCUCGCGCCGCACAUGACGGGGCAGGGGCAGGGGCAGGGGCAGGGGCAGGGGCAGGCCAACCCGUUCCGGCAGAGCAUGAUGAUGACGGGCGCGGCGCCGGGCGGGAACCCGUUCGGCAUGGGCAUGGUGGGCACGGGGCCGCUCGCGCCGCCGGUCGGGCAGGGCCAGGCGCGGCUGCUGCAGCAGCAGGCGACGGGCAACCCGUUCGGCCAGCCCGGGCAGCAGCAGCAGUUUGCGCCGCCGCCGCCGUCGUCGUCGUCCGGCGGCCUGAGCGGCUCGACCGCUCCCGGUGCACCUCCCCUCGGCGCACCCACCUCCCCUUUCCACGCCUCGUCGUCCCCUCAGCACCCGUUCUCGUCCUCGUCCUCGACCCCGACCCCGACCUCGCCCUCGUCGUCCGCACCCGGACCCGGACCCGCCCCACUCGUCGCGCAAAAGACGGGCGCGCGCAACCCGUUCGCGCCCGCGCCCGGCACCGUCAUCCCGCACACGGCGCCGCCGCAGCCAAAGCAGCCGAGCAUGUACGAGCUCGCGCACUUGCGGCAGCAGCAGACGGGCUUCCAGGGCUCGUCGUCGUCGUCGGCGGCGGCGCCAGCGCAAGGCCAGGCGCAGGCGAACGGCGUCGGCUCGCCGUUCGGGCAGCCACAGGCUCAGCCGCAGCAGCAGUCGGCGCCGCCGCCCAAGCAGGACGCGUUCUCGGCGUUCCUCGCUCAACAGCAGGCCAAGCGCGACGCCGAGGCGGCCGGCGGCGCGCAGCACGGCGGCGCGACGCCGCUCAUUGCGCAGAAGACGGGCGGGCUUAUGGCGAGUGUCGCGAGCGACCUCGCGGCCUCGAGCGGCGAGCAGUCGCAGCCGCAGGGCGCGUCGAGCUCGCCGUUCGGGUUCGCCUUCCCGGGCUCGAACGCCCUCAACGGCACCGGCAACGGCGGCGCCCCGGCCUCGUCGUCGUCCCUCUCGACGCCGUUCUCGUCCCUCUCCCUCUCGACCUCGACCUCGGCCCUCUCGCCCUCACUCACGGGCGCUCACUCGUACACGGCCUCGCCACUCUCGGCCCAGCCGACCGGCGGCUUCUCGUCCGUCCGCGCUUUCCAGCCCUCGUCUUCCUUUGGAAACAAGCUUGCGAGCGAGAUCAGCGCGUCGGCGCUCAGCCCGCAGGCGACUGGCUUCGGCAACGGCGGCGGUGGCGGCGCCGGUGUCGGCGGGCAGGCGCAGCAGUCGGCGUUCUCGUCGCAGUCGUCGCAGCCGUCGCAGCAGCAGCAGCCGUUGCAGCAGCAGCCGACCGGGUUCAACCCGUUUGGCGGCACUCGCCUUCCGCCGCUCAACAGUCCUCUGUCCGCCGGCGCGACGACUCAGCCGACGGGCACGGGCGGUGGGUACGGCGGCAGCGGCGGGUUUGGAGGCGCAGGAGGGAGCGGUGGGGUCGCGACGGCAAGUUUAAUCUAGAGGGCCGUGCACGCUCCUCCCCGUGUUAGACCUCUCUCUUCCUUUUCCUGUCUCUCGCUCGCCGUCUCGCCCUCUCGAUAUCCCUCGUGCUCAGUCCUGCAGUACUACAUACUUGUCUCGCU